UACCGUUUUACCACUUCGUUACUGAAUUGAAUGCGAGGUGGGAGAUAUGGAUGUGCGUGGGAGUGGCUACAGAGGGAACGGAUUAAUCAGUUUGUAUACGUACAGGAGACAUUUUGAGGGAGAACUGAGACACCGGUGACGACAGUCGACUGGGGUCUGUUUACAAAAACCCAGCGAUGGCAUCGCCAAUGCACGAUGUGGAGCAGCCUUCAGAAGUUUCUGGCGGAUCGAGACCUGUUGAUCACAUCAACAAGCUAGAUAAUGUUUUACUGCUAAAAAUAUUCUUCCAUCUUAGUCCUGGAGACAAACUCAAUGCAGAAAAGGUUUGCAAGCGCUGGAGAGUUGUAUCCAAGGUUACAUGGAAAAACAUGAAGCGCCUCAGAUUGAUCAAAACUACUUCAGGUAGAUCUGAUUACGACAAACUGCCAGAUGUCUACAAAAAUAUUCAAAGCAUGGCGAAAAUUUUGAAGAGAUGUGGACGUUAUCUGCAAGUUUUGGAACUUGGCAGUCCGUGUCACUACACAAUGAUUCCAUUCGCUCUUGAACACUGCCGGAAUUUAGUCACACUAAACAUCUCUCUUUACCCUGUCGCGUGUGAUAUGUCCAGUAUUUCAGAAAUUACAAGUCUAAAGAGCUUUAGUUUGGAACGAAUGACGAACAGAUCUGAUUCAGCCAUUUUUAGGGUCUUGCCCCGUAGAACAUUACGUGGAAUUCACCUAAGGGCAAGUGAAUACGGAUACGAUAUCAAUGGUGACCAACGCCUACACCUCCCUGACAAUUAUAAUAACUAUCUUCGAGAUUUGAACAACUUGGUAUCCAUACAACUACAUUAUUUUCAUGUGGAUCAUGCCAUGGAAGAAAUCAUAAAUCAAAAUGUUAAACUCGACUUCCUCUCACUCUCCAAUUCUAUGAUUAACGGGCCAUUUUUCCUAACUGCUCUCAGAAAUUUGAAGAUUCUAGACCUUGAGAAUGUCACCAGUGUCACCAACACGUUCCUACAGCAGUUAUCAAUAACUUGUCCUAAAUUGACAAUUCUAAAUCUUGGUAACUGCAAUGAGAUCGACGAUGGUGGGAUCGUGUAUUUGUGGGACUUACUUGAACUCAAGCUUCUUAAUCUGGAUGACUUGGGCUUUAUCACAGAUGCUGCUCUCGGCGAAUUCCACACUCUGAGACUAUUGAGUCUGCGGAAUUGUAGAGCAGUAAAGGACACUGAACUCAUCACUUUGAUGAUAUUUGCUAUUAACUUGAGGAGUUUGAACGUGAAAGGGACCAAGGUUACUCACGAGUUGCUCGUCGCAGCGAAUCGACUUAGCAAGCGCAGACUCGACGGUGUGCCACUUCGAAUCUAUGUCGAUACUUCUGUAAUCGCUAAUUGGGUAGAUAAUAAUGACUCACCUUUGCUGAUAGUCGAAAGUACAGAUAAUGUCAGAAAUCAACAGCGGUCUCAGAGACAACAAGUUUGUGAUGAAGAUGAUGAUCCGUACGACUCUGAUUAUGAGUUCCAGUACGAGGCUGGAUCGGAUUCCGAGGCCGAUGAUUGCGGGGAUAAUGUCUCCGGAGAAGGUCCCACAACUGAGCUCGCUACAUCUGAUUCAGAUGAUUGAUUGGAAACUGAAUCCAAUACUAUUACCGUGAGGUGGUAGAUCAGGGGUAUGAGGAAUAAGAAAAUUGGCCCUGAAACAUUGUAAAAGUUUUUUUGCAAUAUUUCAUUAAGGGAAUUGUUCAAAGGGAGUUUUUCAUUACAAUUGUCAAUUCUAAUUUUUUAAAAUGUACCUUUGAAGCUGUUGAGGGUUUUGAAGGGGCCAGAUGAACAUUUUUUCUACGAAUAUUGGUUAGUCCUUGAAAAAUAUUUUGUACUCGUUAAGAUUGUAAUGCCCUAGUUCGAUAAUUCUGUAAUUUGUAUUCUUGAACCUGAUGAUGUUGUAGAUUGUGUUGGUACUGGUAUAGUAAGAGUAAAAGGGCUCUGAUUGAAAAAAGUUUUGAUAUCGAAUGAACCAAAUUCAAAAAUAAAUUUCUAAAAUCCGUCGUAAGAAUUGUGAAUCUCAGGUUUAUACUAGUUGAUACAUUCAUGCCCUUCUUACUCAAUCUAUCUAUAGACUGAAAACUAAAAGUGAAAUUCUCACAGUUACACAAAUGCAAAUUCAUAUUAGUCUGGUAUAUUCGCCA